AAUUAAGCUGCCACCUAUAUUUAAAUGCAGCUGGUAGUAUGGAUGAAGGCGGCUAAAGAGAAUCACAAACCAUCAACGACAAUGGCUUCAAAGCAGCAAUUGCAAGGUCUUGCAACAAAAGACAUCCAUGGCCUCCCUCCACUAAGCCCAAUUUCACAGUCCUUCAGCAGCCCUAUCCUAUCCUUAACCUCAAUCUUGGUCUUAGAACUUGAUAUCCCCUUCACCAAAUCUGAAAUGAUUCAUCAAAUCCGAGAAGGGAUGAUACCCAUCAACCCUCGUAUAUCCUCUAUGAUUGUUGCAGACAAGAAAGGGGUACAACGAUGGAAGCACGUCGAGCCAACAAUCGAAAACCACGUCGUCAUCCCAACCUUCCCUGCCGAGCUUUCAUUAAGUGACUACGACAAGCAUUUCGGCGAAUAUUUGUCGGAGGUAGCCAUGGAUAAGCUUCCAGAAGGUAGACCUCCAUGGGAAAUACAUAUGUUCAUGUACCCAACAAGCAAUGGUGCACAAACACUUAUAUUCAAGCUGAGUCAUGCACUUGGAGAUGGUUAUUCGAUUAUGAGUGCUGUGUUUUCAUGGUGUAAACGGGUGGAUGAUCCGUCUCUCCCCAUUAUCUUUCCUUCUUUAUCUGGGAAAUCGCCAGAAGGAGGGAGGAGUAUUAGUAGUAGAUGGUACAGAUCAGUGUCGAGGGUGAUGUCAAAAUGUCUUAACACAGUUUCUGAUUCUGUGGUUAGCUUGUUGCAAGGAACAGUUUUGGAAGACAGUAAGACGGCUAUUAGGUCGGGGACACUGCGUGUGGAGCUUCAACCGGUUGAGUUCUCAUCUGUUACCUUCCCCCUCGAACAUAUACGACGAGUUAAGUCAAAGGUUGGAGCAACGGUGAAUGAUGUGGUGAUUGGUUUAAUAUCCUACACAAUCCAACUGUACACGAAAAGGAUGACACAACAAAAUCCUUGUGGUGCACGUGUGAAUGCAUUAGUCAUUUUGAACAUGAGAAUGUUGAGAGGAUAUAAGAGAAUUGAAGAUAUGUUGAAGUCUAAUAAUGUAUGGGGCAACCACUGUAGCUUCUUGAACAUACCAAUUCCAUCAUUCUCUUAUUCUGAAAACCUUUGUCCCCUCAACUUCAUAGUCAAAGCAAAGACACAGAUUAAAAGAAAGAGAAAUUCUGCAGCUAUUUAUGUCUCUGGUAAAAUAUUGAACUUGAUAAAGAGUGUCUUCGGCCGUGAGGCAGGAACCAGGUUCAUCCAUUCAACUCUUAAGAACACAAGCAUUGGGAUUUCUAAUUUGAUUGGUCCAACACAAAAGAUUUCUCUUUCAGAUCAUCCCAUUAAUGGCAUGUACUUCAGUGUGGUUGGUGCUCCACAGAGUGUAUUUUUCACCAUAGUGAGUUACAUGGGUGAGCUAAGGGUAGUGAUGAGAACGGAAAAAGGAUUUAUUGAUGCAAAUAUGCUCGUUUCUUGCAUGAAGGAUGCCUAUGAAAAGAUUUUUGAAGCAGCUUGUGGAAAAGAAAGUACUAACUGUAUAAUUUAA